UCCCGUGAUGCUCAACUCUCCCACGGCAGUAGGAAUGGACGACGGCGUGUUUCUGAUGUGGAAAUAAAAGAGGCGCAAAAAAGGAGCAGCCGAUGCGGGAACGAAGAUGCGAUAGUGCACAAUAACGGCGGUGUGAGCUAUGAUCGGCAGAGGGACGCGGGGAGAGGAAUCCGGAUCCAAAUAAUCCAUCUUCAGCGGGGGAGAGGCAGAAGAAGAUGAGGACGGMGAUGGCUCCGCUGAAAACAACAAUAUUAGUGUUUGUGCACUGGGUGCUGCAGUGCGCCGUGUGCCGUGACGUGACUCUUCCCCCCGGACCCCUUUUCCGCGUUACCAAUUUCCCCCUCUCCCUGCCGUGCAGCGUGUCGGGAUACGAGGGCUCGCGGACGCAGGACUUUGAAUGGUUCCUGUACAAGGACGACGCCGGUGGAAGGCAGAUAGGAGUCGUGUCCACCAGGGACAAAGGCUUCCCGUACGCCCCGUUCCAGACCCGAGUGAGUAAUGGGGACGUGAGGGUGGAGAGAGACUCGGGGGACAAGGUGCGACUGGUGGUCCAGAGGCUUCGGACCGACGACCAGGGGACGUAUGAGUGUUACACGCCCAGUACAGACAGCAAAUAUCAGGGGAAUUACAGCGCCAAAGUCAUUGUCAAAGUGAUUCCAGAUACCCUCCAGAUCAGCAAAAACCAUUUACAAACGGGCAAGCCCACGCCGGAGGGGGCUGAAUUAACCCUGACCUGCUCAGCGGGCAUCCAGUCYGAGCAGCUCACCCACCUGUCAAUCACGUUUGGGAAGCGAGGCGGUGAGGCUGCGGGCGUUGGCGCCGGGGGGGAAGUCAGCACCGUCAGGGAGAUCAUCACCAUCGACAAGUUUCUGGGGGUGGUCCCCGGGCGGUUCUACAAAACKCGCUACGACGACGGAGAGAUCUCGCUGGAGAAGAGGAACGGAGAGGGCGGGCUGGGGGUGUACGUGAUGAGGAUGGCGGCGGUGCAGCCCGACGACGCCGGCGCGUAUUUCUGCGAGGCCUCGCAGUGGAUCCGCGAUCCGGAUCGAUCGUGGCAGAAGAUUGCUCAGAGGACGCUGGAUAUCGGCAACCUGACUGUUCAGCAACUGGCGGAGUCUCUGAGCGUAACGUCCUCRCCCACGGGGGAGGUGACCCUCCAGAUUGGGUCUCCUCUCAUCCUGACCUGUCAGGUGUUGGGGCUGCCGUCUGAGGUGAACUCAGGUCUGCUGGUGAAGUGGAUGAAAAGAGGGUCUGUGAGCAGCGAUGCAGUGGGGGGAGGGGUGGAGGUUGAGGUGGCCCGGAUGAGUCCAGACGGUAUUGUGAGCUGGGGGGACGACCUCAGCAGAGCCAGCGGGGGCUCCAUGGAGAAAGUUACAGAGAGGUCGUACUCUCUGAAGCUCUUCUCGGCCCGGCCCUCCGACUCAGGGGUGUAUCGGUGCGUGGUGAGUGUGUACGCUGGAAGGAGGACCCCCGACCCCUCUACGCCUGCGACACUCACCCAGAGGUCCGAGGGGGUCACUGUCAACCUGAAGACCAAAGAUGUUUCGGUUUCUGCUGUGGCUCAGCUCCCCCGUGGCCCCCUGCUAAAACGGGGAAGCACCAUCACCUUAAUCUGCAACGUCUCUGUGACGACCACAGGUCCCGCCCAGGCUCAGGUGCAGUGGCUGCGAUGGCCGAUCCCUAAAUUAGUGACCAAGCAGGAAUCGGCUCCAUCAGACCCCCCUGCUGUGACAAAGCCCUCGGUCAUUGCAGUUCUGAUGUACAGCGGCGUUUCAAACAUGCAUGAAAACACCAGCGAGAUCAGCAUCGACCGGGUGGCAGCUGGCAGCUACAGACUGAGGGUCCACUCGGCGACAGAGGGGGACCAGGGCAUGUAUAAAUGUCAGGCUGAGGCGUGGGGGCAGGACCCACAUGGAGGCUGGUACAACACUGGAGCCAAAGCUGAGUCAAACGCAGUGACUGUGUACCUGUAUGCCAGAGUUGAAGACCUCCUCCUCAUCCCCCUGGUGGUCGGAGUCUCUUCUGCUUUAUUCGUCGGCAUUGUCAUCAUCUCGGCUGUGACCUGCUGCUUUAUGAAGCGGUUAGCGAGACAGCGCGCUCGAAAAUAACGGUCACGCUCCAGCUGGUUUAUUUAAAAAAAAWUUUUCAACUAAAAAAGGAAUUGCAYGGGUCACAACGAAAGUAAAAACUCCCGCAGGGAAUGACUUGAAGAUGAGAUCAAGUUUAAAAAAUGACUUUGACGUUUUGUUUGUUAUAUUUUUUGUGUGUGUUUAAAUUUUUUGCUUCACACUUAUGCCAAAAAAUUGUUUUUUAGUGUAACAUUUAGUGGUUUGUCAUGCACCAGUAGCUUAGUUUAUUUUAUUUUAUUUUAUUUAACCACUUUGCUGGGUAAUUCAAGUGGAACUACAUGUUUGGUUCCUGUUUUUAUGUUAACCUACACCACAUUUUCAGCGCUUAAAAUGAACAUGGUUGGAACUUAAAGACUUCUGUUAUGUUCCCAUAAAUGUAAUAUUUUUAUACAGCCAGUUGUUUUCAAAAGUGAAACCCAUUGAACCUUUUUUAUAAGAUCCUAAAUAGAUCGUUGUACCUUGACUUGUAAACAAAACUGUUCUGUUUUCCAGCUUCUCCUUCCUCAAACUGCAUGUUAUCGGAGUACAAAGCUCCACGGUGUGUAAAUGUAAUGUGCACGGUUUAGGUCACAUGAAUGCUGAUAGGAGCCACUGAGCCUCCAGAAUCCUAAUAUGGCCCGGCCCGGCCCGGCCCGGCCCUGCACGCAAAGUUACUCUGUGAGUUAAUAGACGGUUGYGUUCUGAUUCCAACCACUUGAAAACAAAAAGCGACUUUAAGCAUUUCUCACCACUGUUGCAGYGUUUUAUAUUAAGUUUUCCACGUUGGCGUUUGCAUUUUUUUGUGUUCCCUGCACUGAGCUGAAAAUGCUGAAUAGUUUCACGGCUGUUUUGUUAAAAGUGAGUCUGUGCUUGUAGAACAGUGUUUUGUUUUCCUGGGUCAAACAACUUGAUUU